UUGCAGAGUGCGAAAGUGAAUGCUGCUGUAAAAACUCUUGAAUGCGCACUAUCCUCUGUGGAAGAGAAUUUAACCGAGAAUGCAAGGAAGGAGUUGUUAAAUGCGGCCAAGGAUGUGCUAGCGGAUUGGCUCGAUUCCGUGCAUGGGAACACAGUUAAUGAUCUUGCCGUCUUUGACAGGCUUGCAAAGAAAUAUGAAAGCGAGUUUUUGAGAGACAUGGCUCGUUUGAAUGUGUUACCACCGGAUAUUUUGACGCGAGUUUCGGAGUACAUUCCAGAAAUUAUAGCAUAUGUGGAGAAGAUUAUUGAUAAUGGUUAUGGAUAUGUCACCGGCGAUGGAUCGGUUUACUUUGAUACUGUGAAAUUUGAUAAAAAUGAUAAUCAUUCGUAUGCGAAAUUGGUGCCAGAAGCGUUCGGCAAUAAUGAACAGCUGAUGAAAAAUAUGCGAGAAACAUUUCAGGAAAAAAAGAAUGUUACUGAUUUUGCUUUAUGGAAAGCUUCUAAAAGUGGCGAGCCGUACUGGGAUAGUCCGUGGGGCAAAGGUCGACCCGGUUGGCAUAUUGAAUGCUCGGCGAUGAGCUCGAAGAUCUGUGGUUCCUCUCUCGAUAUCCAUGCUGGCGCAUAUUAUGAUAUCGAAAACUGGGUACGGUACUUUUUACACUGUGGUACUCUGCGUAUUGUCGGUUUAAAAAUGUCGAAGAGUUUAAAAAAUUUUAUUACAAUUGACGAUGCGUUGAAGAAUUAUUCGGCGAGGCAACUGAGAAUACUAUUCCUCAUGCACAACUGGUAUGAUAUGCUCGAUUAUAGGUUGGUUUUUUUUUCCUUUUGCAUUUUUAGAUCCCAACAGUUUUAUGCUUAAUA